AUGGAUGCAGUGGAAAAGAGAGUCCAUGCAUUUGUGCGAGUCAAACCAACAGCUGAUUUUGCUCAAGACGUGAUCAAGUUUGGGCCAGACAACAAGAGCAUAGAUAUAUACAUCAAAAAAGAUGCCAAGAAAGGAGUAGUGAAUAACAAGCAGACUGACUGGUCCUUUAGGCUGGAUGGUGUCCUCCACAACACCUCCCAGGAACUCGCUUAUGAGACCGUGGCUAAGAAAUUGGUGUCCGAAGCUUUAAUUGGCUAUAAUGGCACGAUAAUGUGCUAUGGGCAAACGGGGGCUGGUAAAACUUACACGAUGACGGGAGCAACUGCCGAGUACAAGCAUCGAGGAAUCAUACCCCGAGCUAUACAGCAGGGUGAGACCAACAGAGUGAUAGCAGAGCACACGCUGAAUAAAAAUUCAUCCAGAUCGCAUUGCAUCUUCACUAUUUAUAUUGAGGUAAGAGCUCCAGCAGUUUUUCUAGGGUCUCAAACGGCUGAGGACCUUUACAUGUCUGUUUUUUACUGUAUUUCAGUUUUGUCUACUGUUAAGUACAGUUUAUAUUCUUUUCCCCCUCAGUCUCGUUUCAGAGUUUUCUCAGAUGUCAAAUGCAUUAACUCUAAAAUCAACUUAAUUGAUCUGGCAGGCUCGGAGAGACUGAGCAAGACUGGAUCUGAAGGCCAGGUUCUGAAGGAAGCCACGUACAUCAACAAGUCUCUAUCGUUCCUUGAGCAAAUCAUCAUUGCCCUGGCUGAUCCUAAGCGGGACCACAUCCCCUUCCGGCAGAGCAAGCUCACUCAUGUUCUCAAGGACUCGCUAGGAGGAAACUGCAAUACUGUCCUAGUGGCAAAUAUCUGUGGAGAAGCUGUGCAUGUAGAAGAGACCUUGUCUUCUCUUCGUUUUGCUACCAGAAUGAAAUGGAUCACAACAGAGCCGGUCAUCAAUGAGAGGUAUGACCGAGAGGGGACAGUGAAGGCUCUGGAGAAGGAGAUUAUUCUUCUCAAGCAGGAACUCGCCAUGCAUGACAGCUUGGUAAAUCGUUCUUUGGUGACUUAUGACCCUCUGACUGACAUCCAGAUAGCAGAGAUUAAGUCUCAAGUUCAUAGAUACCUAAAAGGAGGCAUCAAUGAAAUUGAUGUAAUGAACGUCAGGCAAGUCCAGGAGGUAUUUAAGCAGUUCAAACUGAUUGUAAGUCAACAGGAGCACGAAGUGGAGGCCAGAUUACGCAGCAAGUACGCUCUGAUAGACAAAAAUGACUUUGCUGCUGUUGCUGCUGUUCAGAAGGCAGGUGUGGUUGAUGUGGAUGGCCAUUUGGUGCGGGAAGAGGACAGACGGGAUUUUGGGACUAGAACUGCUCCUCUUUCAUCCAGACGUGGUGGGAAGAAGAAAUCUAGGAAAAGCAAUGAGCAGCCCAGGAAGGAAAGAAUCGGGAGCUCUCUUUCCCGGAGAGACCUGGAUGGUUUUUUAUCAUCAAAAAGUCAGGUAAUAAUUCCCACCAAGGAUCUGGAUGUGAAAGAGGGAGCAAGGAACCAGGAUACAGCAAAUAUUGAUGCAGAGCUCUCAAAGCCAGCUCCUGUGGAGGAUUCCCAGCAGCCCAGCUCCCCUCCAUCCAAGCCACUGGCGUUUGAGCAGUUUAAGGAGGAGUGCGGAAAUGAGAUCAACCGGAUCUUUAAAGAGAACAAAAGCAUCCUCCUUGCCAGGAAGAAGAGAAGCAGUACAGUAGCACAGAGGAUCAACUUCAUCAAGCAUGAGAUGGAGGGUAUCAAAAAGGCUCUGGAGGCUCAGAAGCAGGAGCGGUGGCAGCAGGGAGAGUAUGUUGAUGACAAAGGACAGAUCAUAAUUGAUGAGAAGGAGUUUUUACUCAUCAUGAAACUGAAAGACCUGAAGGAAGAGUACAGGUCUGGUUAUGCUGAACUGCAGGACCUGAAGGCAGAAAUCCAGUACUGCCAGCAUCUGGUGGACCAGUGCCGGAACAAACUCAUCUCAGAGUUUGAGAUCUGGUACAGCGAGUCCUUCCUUAUCCCCAAGGAUGUGCAGGAAGCUCUGAAGCCCGGUGGCAACAUCAGACCUGGAAUGAUUCCCAUAAACAGAGUCAUGUGCCUGGAGGAAGACGAGCAGGAGAGGUUUGAGCGGAUGCAGGAGACAACGCUGCCAGCUUGCCCAGCUUCACUCUCGUUCUACAAGGCGAAAAUGAAGACUGAUCAAAAGCACACGUACGCUAGAACCAUGUCGUCCCUCGAGCAAAUGCGGAAGAAACCCGGGCUCGUCGCAGCUGCUGGGAAGAACAAACCCCUGUCAUUUCUGCACGUCACGUAG